GAUGGCAAACAGUACUAUAUAUACCUAUACAUCAAUGGAGACUAAAAUCACUCACUGGAUUCUUGAAUCCAUUCCUAACUAUUCAAAUGGCCUCCAUCUCCUCCUCAGCCAUCGCCACCGUCAACCGGACCACCUCCACCCAAGCUAGCUUGGCAGCUCCAUUCACCGGCCUCAAGUCUAACGUAGCUUUCCCAGUUACCAAGAAGGCUAACAAUGACUUUUCCUCCCUACCCAGCAACGGUGGAAGAGUACAAUGCAUGAAGGUGUGGCCACCAAUUGGGUUGAAGAAGUACGAGACUCUUUCAUACCUACCACCAUUGUCCGACGAGGCAUUGUCUAAGGAAAUCGACUACCUUAUCCGCAACAAGUGGGUUCCUUGCUUGGAAUUCGAGUUGGAGCAUGGUUUCGUUUACCGUGAGCACCACCAUUCCCCCGGAUACUAUGAUGGAAGAUACUGGACAAUGUGGAAGUUGCCUAUGUUCGGGUGCACUGACUCAGCUCAGGUCAUGAAGGAGGUUGGAGAGUGCAAGAAGGAGUACCCCAACGCCUUCAUCCGUGUUAUCGGAUUCGACAACGUUCGUCAAGUGCAGUGUAUCAGUUUCAUUGUCUCCAAGCCCCCAGGCGUUCUCUAAGCACCAAAACUUUGGAUUGACUCGAAUCGGGUUCAUUUGAAUGUUUAGGUUUUUGUAAUUCUUUUCCUUGAAAUUUUCCUUUUUCUCUUCCUUUCGUUGUUUGUUUCCGGAUUUCGAUGAAAUGGAUAAGAGAUGUCAUAUAUAAAUGAUAAUAAUAAUAAUAAACAUUUGGUGUUUUUCAUGUAUAUGUUUUCUGAUGGAGGUUUGUUUUCGUUAUUUAAUU